UCUCUCUCUCUCUCUCUCUCUUUCUGUGUCUGGGUGUGCAACACACAAGCAGCCAUGGAGCCAAAACGAAUAUCCAAGAAACGCAAGCUUCCCCCGGCCCCAUCCCAUUCCAUGAUCGGCAUCAGCACCCGCACCAGAUCCCAGAUCCACCAAUCCUCUUCUUCCCACGACGACCCCGAACUCCGAUGCCUCAUCAAGGAUCUCCGCACCAGACGGGUCUUUUCCCCCAAAUCAAUCCACGCCGAUCAGAAUGUAGGCAGUGUUUAUAUGGGUUCUCAUGGUACAGUGGCGGCGGAGAAUAUGAAGGAUAUAAGCACGGUUUUGUCUUCGAUUGUGGAGGAGUCCCGGUUUGAUAAAAAUCCAUAUAAUGAUGAGAGUGAAGGGGUUGAUGUGAACGGGAAAAAGGGUAGUUCGGAGAAGAGUGAUGGUGAUGGUGAGUAUGUCGGGCUUGUGAAGGCGGUCAGUGAAGUGAAUGAGAAAAGUGUCCAAACAACGCCCCCCGAUGGCAAGGUGUUUGAUGAUGGAGCGGUUAAUGAAAAUGGAGGACGGAUCUUUUCCCCCAAAUCAAUCCACGCCAAUCAGAAUGUAGAUAGGUUUUAUAUGGGUUCUCAUGGUACAGUGGCGGAGGAGGAUAUGAAGGAUAUAAGCACGGUUUUGUCUUCAAUUGUGGAGGAGUCCCGGUUGGAUAAAAAUGCAUAUAAUGAUGAGAAUGAAAAGGUUGAUGUGAACGGGCAAAAGGGUAGUUCGGAGAAGAGUGGAGGUGAUGGUGAAUAUGUCGGGCUUGUGAAGGCGGUUGGAGAUUUGAAUGAGGAAAAUGUCCGGACAGUGCCGCCCGAUGCCAAGGUGUUUGAUGAUGGAGAGGUUAAUGAAAAUGAAGGGAAGCCUUCUAAUGGAAGUUUUCAGAGAGUUGACAAAUGUGUUGGAGAGGCUUUCUGUGCCAACAAUGACAAGAAGAAUCACUCAAUUUCCGACGCCAAAUCGGUGCUCAGACCAUGUUUUAGUAGGAAACUAUUCAAAACUCCGGGUUCAGUUAGCUAUAAAAGAUUGCUUCCUUAUCUGAUGGAUAUCGCAAAAGAUAAUUCUUGUACUCCUAAAAGUAGUCAGUGCCCGAAACUGGACAAGGGUUCGGGACAAUUGCUUCCCCAACCGAAAUUCGCUUCUAAAGAUCAAGAAGUUUCCAUGGAUAAAUCAAACACUGGUGACUCUGGUAACUCACCCACAUCAGUACUAAAUUCUGCCAAUGAGUCGUCAAAUGGUAACGUGGCGGAUUUAUCAACGUGUGAACACUUUCCUGAAUCAUCAAUGACAUUUGAUUUCAAAAAAUCGGUUGAUGAACACCAUGAUAAAAAAUUUGACUUGGGGUUUUCUAGUGAAGAUCAUAAGAAUGACUCAAACCCUGAUCUGUCUUUGGUUUUGGAGGAUGAUGCAAAGGGUCAGAGUGACAAUGGAGAAAUUGAGAAAACUGAUUGUGGGUUCUCUAGCGAGGCUCAAGAUGUUGAUGAAGUAAAACCUCAGCUGUCUUUGAUUGUAGAUGAGUGUCAUUCAGGCAGAGAUUAUGGAGCUGGUCAGCAGCACUCUGAUUAUUCAAAGAAGUCUGAGACUGGAGGAAUGAAGAAACUUAAUGAUGGGUAUCCUUGUCAAGCUCAGAAUCUGAAUCCUGAUUUGUCUGAAGCAGAGAACAGCAAAUCAUUCAGUUUGGAGAAGAGAGGUGGUGAUGAUGGUAAGGUUCAAAAUCAAAUUUAUGGUUCAAAUGAAGAAUUUGUCCAGACAACACCACCAGAUGCUGUGAUCUUUGCUAAACCGUACAUAGAAGAAAAUGGAGGUGGUAGAGUGGAAUUUGUUGAAAAGAGUACAGAUCACGUCCUUGCGAAGCCCCUAAAUGGAAGUGAUACAAGAAGUGUUGGCUGUGCUAGUGAUAAGAGAAUCUACUCCAAUUCUAAAAAUAAACUGGUUAUAAAUCCAUGUUCAGGAGUGGGAGUGAAGUUAUACAAAACUCCUGGCUCAUUCAGCUAUAGGAGAUUGCUUCCAUUUCUUAUGGAUAUCACAAAAGAUAAAUCUUGUGCUUCAGAGAAUGGACAUUGCUUAAAACUUGAGAAGGAUCGGGAACAAAUACUGCUUCCACCACGGGUCACUUCUGACUGUCAAGAAAAGCUAUUUGAUAAUUCAGAUGGCUACCGACUUCAUGCAGAGUGUCAUACUAGCAAUUCUGGUACUCUGCCAACGGAUGAAUUGCCUGUGGCCCAUGAUUUAUCUAAUGAUGAUGAACCAAAGCUAAAAUGUCCUCGGGGCAUUUCUGAAUCCACAAUACCGCUUGAUUCACAAAAGGAACUUCGGUUGCCAGUUCAGUAUUGUCAAUUGGAAACUUCCCCUAAGAAAGUGAGUUCUGUACAUGAAAUUGAUCUACCAGUUACUUCACUGUGUCCUCCUGUCACCUGUGAAGUUUUGUCCAGGGAAGAAGGUACAAUAUCGAUCUCGCGAGUCUCUGUCAACACUGAAAUGGACUUCCCUAGUUCAUCUAUAAAAUAUUCUGACUGUACAAAGCCAGUUGAAGCAGAGUGCUUGUCUCAGAAUACAUCUCAACUUGAAAUCUCAGUUCCUUCCGGAGUUCAUGUUGCUGGACUCAAAAAGGGGAUUCUUAAAAGAAAUCCACGAGGAUGCAGAGGGCUCUGUACUUGUUUGAACUGUGCUUCUUUUCGUCUCCAUGCGGAGAGAGCAUUUGAGUUCUCCAAAAAUCAGAUGCAAGAUGCCGAAGAGGUGGCCUUAGAUUUAAUUAAGGAACUGUCAUACCUGCGGACUAUGUUGGAAAAAUCUACUGAUGGUGUCAAUGAUCAUUCCAUUGUUCAUGUCAAUCAGGUGAAAGAAGCAUGCAGGAAAGCAUCUGAAGCAGAAGAACUAGCAAAACACCGCCUAGACCAGAUGAACGAUGAGCUCAACAUCCACUGCAGAAUCACAUGCUUGCAGCCGCCAAAAGUUAGAUUUGCCAAUUAUGUCGAAGAAAAGGUCUUGCCAAACAAAUAGUAUUCACCAUGUGUAAGAUAGUUUUGCUAUACUUGUCGCAUGAGAGCUUAUUAGGCUGCUCUGCCGGCACUUCUCUGCAUACAGGCCAAAUCUGGCUCCAGUGACUCACACACAUUGCUUGAUUCUAGCUGGAAUUUUCGAAUAUCAAGAAGCAGGGAAGUCUAUUGUUCUUGUUGUAUCUUGGGAAGAGGAAACAAGUGUUGUGUCUACAAAAGAAAACUAGUUUGAUAUUUCGAGAAUGGUAUUCUAAUAUAUGUUUAGAAAAAAUUAAAAUAAAUAUUAUGUGGCACUGGUGUGCCAUCACUAUUCUUUGAGUUUGAGAUAUGUAGAAGCUCAAUUUGCUUUUGUUAAAUUAAUGAUUAAGUAAUUAAUUUUACGUC